CCGACCGGCCGUCGGAAAAGGAAGUAGGGAGGACACCGCGCUAGGUUGCCAGCCGUUGAUGAACUGAAGUCCUAGAGGAAAAGACGGGCUACUUCGUCGUUUUGUCCGCCACGUUUCUGCGUCCGACGCGCUACCUACGCUCUCCCCACCGGCUGGCUCCUCAUUAUAGCUCUGGUGAACCCUUGUGUAGUAUAAACUAUAGUCAACUGGGGAAAGGAAGGAGCGGAGAGGGAGAGAUAUGGCGGUCAACGUGUUCGCUACGUCGGCCACGACAGAGAACCUGAGCAGACACGACAUGCUCCAAUGGAUCAACGAGAGUCUUCAGAUUGACUAUAGCAAGAUAGAGGAACUCUGUUCAGGAGCUGUUUACUGCCAGUUCAUGGAUCUGCUGUUUCCAGGGUGCCUGGUGCUGAAGCGAGUCAAAUUCGCCACAAGACUAGAACACGAAUACAUAGCCAAUUUCAAGGCGUUACAGAAUUCCUUUAAGAAAGUUGGCAUUGACAAGGUAAGUGGACAAAACAAUAAUCCAUGAUCAUCUAAUGGUAAAAUCUCAUCUUAGUACGCCAGCCAGGCACUAUUAAAUUUUUUGCAGAAAGUGCUGAUUUUACCCACCCACCACACACGUGCAUGCAAUUGCUUAAUCACUCUUGCUUAACACACACGCACACAAACGCACACAAACAACAGGAUGUCCCGAUAGAGCGACUGGUCAAAGGUCGUUUCCAAGACAACUUUGAAUUCUGCCAGUGGUUCAAGAAAUUCUUCGACGCCAACUACGACGGGAGCGAAUACGAUCCCGUUGCCGCUAGAGACGGGCAAGUGGUUGCCACGGGAAACAAAGCCAGUAAGGUGGCUUCGUCAGGUGGAGGUGCAGCUAGAAAAAGCGGAUUGUCACCAAGGAAACCGGUAGCAGUCGCCAAACCAGUAGCCAGAACCAACGUCGGAACCAGAUCAGCAGCAACAAAGGCCCAGCCGAGGACGUCGCCAGCAGGGAUAAAGACUGGAGGAGCCGGGAGAGCAAACGCCGCAACUGGCGGGAAAUCGGCCGACGCAGCUGGGAGGAAAGCAGCCGAGGAAGAGGUUGAGAGAUUGAAUGGAGUGAUUGCAGAGCUGGAGGUACAGAUGCAGAGUCUGGAAGGAGAGAGAGAUUUCUACUUUUCAAAACUGAGAGAAAUCGAGGUCCUGUGUCAGGAGAACGAGGACAACCCGCUAGUGAAACCCGUACUAGACGUCAUGUAUGCCACUCAGGAGGGGUUCGAAGGUCAAGGAGCAGAAGAAGGAAUUGUAGGCGAUGAAGUACCGUAUGGUGAUGAUGCAUAUCCACAGGAAGCCGGUCAGCCCGAGUAUGAGUAUGACGACGAACAGGAAGAAUACUGAAGAUUACAGAGUUUUAGUAGAGAAUACUGCAAUCCUCAUGUUAGUAUACUGAGACACUCCACAACAUCCCCAAUGCCAUCAAGUGGUUGUUAUUUAUAACUUUCAUUCAGUGUGUGAGAUGAGGCUUUUG